UGCCAGUAUCCAGAGCCUGAUGUCUCUACCCAGCCUUAUGAACUGAUCCAGCUGAUGAUCCUAUUAUGCCAGAUGACUCGAUGCCCGCUGUCUUGCCAGAUGACUCGGAGCCCACUGUCUUGCCAGACGACUCGGAGCCCGCAGUCUUGCCAGACGACUCGGAGCCCCGCAGUCUUGCCAGACGACUCGGAGCACCGCAGUCUUGCCAGACGACUCGGAGCCCGCAGUCUUGCCAGACGACUCGGAGCCCGCAGUUUUGCCAGACGACUCGAUGCCCGCUGUUCCGCCAGAUGACUCGGUGCCCGCUGUCUUGCCAGUUGACUCGGAGCCCGCUGUCUUGCCAGAUGACUCAGAGCCCGCGGUCUUGCCAGAUGACUCGGUGCCCGCUGUCUUGCCCAGACGAUCAAAUGCCUGAUGACCCAGUGCCCACUGUCAUGCCUGGUGACCCGAUGCCCGCUGUCGAGCCAGACAAUCCAAUGCCUGAAUGACCCAGUGCCCGCUGUCAUACCUGUUGACUCGGUGCCCGCUGUCGAGCCAGAUGACCUGAUGCCUGGUGACCC